UGACUUGCUGUGGAGCAAAGCAAGGAAUCAAAACUUAAUUCUUUUUUAUGUUUGGUUGACAGUUACAAACUUAUGGCCUUUUUGAUAAUUGUGCACUUUGCAGAAGACCCCCUACUUGGAAUGCAAGCAGAUUUGAAAUUUUUAUAACCGUAUAUACUUGAGAGAGAAAAGUGACAGUUUAUUAUUACAAUUUUGCAAUAGUCUUUAACUUGAAGCAUUGAACUUCUUUGUGGGAAUAAAAACUGAUCUAUUGUGAGAUCUGAACAUUUUACUGAAGUGGAGAAAGAAUGCCCCAGUGGAUAAGAAAAGCUGGGGGGAGGAGAAAUGAAAGUUCAGGGUUGAAUGUGGGGGGUGAACAGGCUGAGUGCCAAAUGGACGCGAAGGAUUCUUGUAAUGAUUCUGUGGAGUUUCUAUGGAAACAGGAGUACAACUAAGUCCACAUAUCAGACAUUGAACUUACUGGAAGGGGAAGAUUUUAAGAGCUGGAAAAGGACAAUCAGCCCAUGUUUCGCAAGUAAGCUUUGCUCAGAAGGCAGAGCCUGAUCUACAGAGGAUCACAUGACCUCAUCAGACGGAGCGGAUUCUAGAAGCAGCUGGGUUACUAGGAACUGACACGGACCUGCAGGUUCUGUAAAACGUCGGGGGAGGACUUGAAGCACAAAGGCAGUUCAGUCAUCCUGAGGAACAGAGAGCUGCAGAACUCCAAGAGGAGCCUGCUGCCACGGCUUUGUCAGCUAGCGACUGCUUCUGAGCUCUCAGCAUGCAGCUCUCUCACAAACUGGACCAGACACUCCACAUGCUCAGACAGGAAGUCAGGACAAUGAGUCAAGAAAAGGAGCGAGAGGAGCAUGUUUGGAGGGAGAGGCUGCAUCGCUGCCAGAGGCAGCUGAAGGCCAAAGACGAGGAGAUGAGUCGUCAGGCCCAGUAUUUUGAGAGCUUUAAAGUCAAACUCCAGCAGAAGCUCAGCCUGGCCCGAGACAGAGAGCAGAGUCUGCAAAAUCGCAUCUACGGUUUAGAAAAGCAGUUACUGGAUGUGACUGUUAGCUGUGCUACAGGAAUGGCAACAUUUACAGCUGUCAGGAUUACGGCUGGGACUGUAAAACCCAUGAAUGAACCAGACAAGUUACCAUCUAUGAGAGGAGAGGGGGAAGGAGAGGAGGAAAGGAAGGAAGAGAAGAAGAAACAGUGGCAGCCAAAUGUGGGACCGUUGAGUAAAGAAAGCACAAAGGUUGAUGAGAGUAAGACAGACUCAGGCAUAGAGGGAGGACAAGACAAGGAAACAAAACAUACUUCAAAAGAGGCCAGACUGCAGAUCUUCAUUAUCAGCCUGCAGGAGGAUCUCAAGGUACUGCUGGAGAGAGAGGAGGAAGGGAUGACUGAGCGGAGGAAAUUGUUGGAGGAGCUGCAGGAGGCCCAGGAGAACAGCCACUUCCUGAGCUGCACAGUGGAGGAGAUGAAGGCAGAGCUGCAUCAACUAAGACAGGAGGUGGAAGACCUGAGAAAGGAGAACCAGAGUCUCCAGGAGAUUCUCAGGGAUGCAGCAAAUUCCACACCUCCACUCUCAUCUUUAAAACCUGAGGCAGCGUGUACCAUUCCUGUAGUGAACUUGCCACGCUGCUGUCCGGAUACACCAGUCAGCCCUCUGUCACCGGGGAUGGCACUUGGACAAUCUUCAACAGGAAGCCUAGUAGAAGAGGUGCAGUCACAUGAGGUUCCUGUGUCACAUCUGUCUGCAGUUCAACACAUUGACCAUAAGGGCGCAGCAGAGCACACACGAAACAACCCAAAUUAUCAUUUCCCACCAUCUAUGAGAACCACAAAACUAAAUCCUCCCAGUGAUUUUCCCCAAACUGGUUCCAAACCCAUCCCAGGUUUCCAGUCCCUUUCCUUUUCCACUGAGUUCAUAACUGAACCUAAACUGGGAAAUGUGGAGGAAAUUCCCAGUGCAGAAUCCGAUGCCCUGAGUGCAGCUUUUCACAGCUUGGGGUUUGGUGACAAUUCGAAAGCUCUUAAAGAAGAACGUGGCCACCUGGAGGAUGAACUUGAGCACAUAAAAGCAGAGCUGCAGGCGGUGACUCAAGAGAAUGCUGAAUUAAAGCUACAACUUAGGAGAGAGACUGAAAAACAACAGAGUGCAAAAGCUCAGUUGUCAUCAGAAGAAAGGAUUAUCACACCUGCCACCUGUGAUGUAAAUCAUCCUCUUCCAUUAAAUUCUGCCAGAGAUGAUGCAGUUGUUGACCUUGCACAAAGUGAGCUCAUCCUCGCCCUGAAUCAGGAAAACCGGGCCUUGGCAGAUAGGAUCCAAGAGCUGCAGGCUCACAUUGAAUUCAGGGAAGAGGAGAUGAAAACGGAGAAAACGAACCUGAGGGAGUGUAUUCGUCGGCUGGAGGAGGAUGUUGUCAGGGGGGAGCAGGAGAACCAAGAACAAGUCAGUUUGAUCUCAGAACUCACCAGGAAGACUGAGGAUGAUCUGAAUACCAUUAUGGAGCUUCGGCAAAAAUUUGAAGAGAGCAAAGAAAAACCACAGGGUAACCAGCACUGCAGAUCUCUGUGGCAAAAUGAAAAACAAGAAAAUCAAAAAGAAUAUGUGGACAGUUUUGUAGAAAAUAUGCUUAAAGAAGAUGAAGAAACACAGUUGAGUUUCAGUCAAGAAACUGACAGUUUGACCACAGCCUCCUCGUCUGGCUGUCAGCAAAACAUUCAGCGUGACUCAUUACAAAACCACUCUCAGAACAUCCCGCAUGUUAGUUCUUUGACAGAUGAAGUAGCCCAGCUCAACAACUCAAUCCAGAGCCUCAAAACAGAACAAAAAGAGCUGACAGCCAACAUCAGUUCUCUACGAGAAGAGCAGAAAGAAGUCGCUCUGUCACUCCAAAGACAAACGGAAGAAAAACAGCAGCUAACUCGCUCAGUAUGGGCACUGAAGGAGCAGAAAGAUUGCAUCUUUCAAUCUCUACAUGGACUUAAACAAGAGAAAGAGCAGCUGAGCAGGGUUGUCUGCAGUCUGAAGAAUGAGAAAGAUCAGUACACGAGGUCCAACAGUGGCCUCAAAGAAGAGAAAGAGGAACUAAAUCUGUUGUUAUCUGCUCUUCAAAGAGAUAAAGAUGUGAUAAAAGAAUCUAUUUUGAGUUGUGAAGAAGAGAGGGAGAGGAUCAUGAAGUCUCUGCAGAGUUUACGGACAGAAAGCGAGCAGCUAAGCCAAACUGUUCUUCAUUUGAAUGAACAGCGAGACAAAGUAACAGAGUCCCUUAAGAGUCUCACAGAACAGAGAGACCAGAAGGAACUAACUCACACUCUAAAAGAGGAGCGUGACCAGCUAGUAAUGUCUGUCAGCAGUUUGAAGGAAGAAAAGGAAAAAGUCGAGCAAUCAAUCAUCUGUUUAAAGGAAGAGCAAAGAAACAUAAAGCAAAUAAUCCUGAGCUUACAAGAGGACAGGUGCAGCCUUCAAAUGCAAGCUGAGAAGACCAAUCAUGAAUUAAAUCUAAGAAAUGAAUAUAUGACAAAGAGGACAGGGAAAGGAGAUGAUGCUCCAGGAUGUGAGACCAGUAACAACAGAGAAAAGCCUGUGAAGAAUGCAAGUGACCUGAUGAGGGAGAUUGAAGCUUUGGGAGAUGAAUUAAAGAAGUCAAGAGAAGAAGUGGGAAAGAAUCAUGCAGAGAUAAGGAAGCUGCAUACUGAGCUGUCCCAGUCACAAGCCAGGUGUGAAGCAGUAGAAAAAAAAUCAACUAAUCAGAUCAUGAGACUGACAGAGUCAGCCAGUCAGAGAGAAGACAUCAUGAAGGAAAAUGAGACCCUUACACUGCAGGUGAAGGAGCUGCAGGAUAAACUGAUGGUCCUGCUCAGAGAGAAGACUGAUGCUUUGUCUCUGAAGGCACAAACAGACGAGCACCAUCACAUCCUUUCUGCUCAGCUCAAAGCUAAGACCGUGGCUCUGGAGGAGCUGAACUCGGAGUACAUCGCUCUGAAACGAGGACGGGGCAGGAGGGACGAUCAGACCGCUGCGCUCGUCUCCCUCAGAGCACGCUACAAUGACGUCAGAGCCAAGUAUGAUGGACUUCUUAAAAGAAAAAGCCAAACUGAUCUGGAUGUAGCUCCCUUAAAGGCCAAGCUGUCUUGCCUGGUGGUGAAGUGUCAGGAGAGAAACCUCUUGUUAGCCGAGAUGAUGAAGUCCAUGCACAGAGUCGACAGUCUGGAGCCCAGGCUGAUGCAGCAGGCCGAGCAUCUGCUCAGUGACGCUGCUUUGCAGGAUUACGCUGCUGCAUUCUCACCAGAAAGCAAAAUUCAACGCAGAGAGCACUAUAGUGAUUUUACACAACAUUUUUUUUCAGCAUGUCAAGGCUGCAACAAGGGAAUCCUGCCUGAUCCAACCUGCCCAGUUGUAUCAAACUGUUUGAUUACGCAUCAAAAUAAAGUCUCAGCUGAAAGUGAAAAACACUCUUUGAUAUUUGCCAGAGAGACUUCAGCAAAUCCCCAGGACUGCUGGAAAGUUGCACCUGCAACAGCAGAAACACUAAAGGGAACCCCCCCUGGGUCAGUGUCUCCUUUAAGUACUAGGGUGUCCCCUGUUGUCCCAUUAAAGGAGAUCUACUCCACAAACAGCACCCAGCUGUCUCCUGUCACCGCAUCACUCGACGCAACCAGCCGACCAGAGAAAAUCGACUUCCUUGAUUUGGAGGUGAAAGACAAGCACUCCUCAGACACAGCCGAGGUGGGGAUACACUUGCGUUGUCCUCCUUCGGCGUCCUCAAGCACACGGGUCAGUCCCAGCAGGAGACUCAGCAGUCCUGAGAAGAUUCUCAACCUGCAAGAAGAACUGCAGAAGACACUGAUGGACAGCUUUCAGGCACCAGAAAGCAGAGGACGAGGAAAGCGUCCUCAGAGAAAUCUCUCACCUUCAGCACCUGCAGACCUAAACUCACCCAAACCAACAAGACAUUUUCCUUUCAGUGUUAAAUGUACUGACUCACUGCCAGUCUCACAAUUUUGUUUCCACACUAAACACACCCCAGAUGUAGCUACUAAUUCUGACACUUCUAAGAAAUCACCAACACUUUUUAAUGCAGUCACAUCUCGGUCUACUAAUGCCAUAUUAAGUCCAAGCACGUUCACUUCUUGCCACCUUAAAGCAGACGGAUCUAAAAGACAAGAACUUUUAAUAUGUCCUGAUUUUUCUCUCAAGUCUGCGACUCACAGAAAGGACAGCUCCAUCUCUAGUGGUGACACCAAGUUAUUCACACACACAAAGCAGACAGAAAAGAAAUUCAUCCCCAUGCUUGAUUUAUCUGACAUUACACGAACAGAUCCACUCAAUACAUCCUGCACUCAGUCUGCUUGUUUCUCUCCUGAGAAAUCCGACAAGGCUGCUACACAUUCCACUGCUGCAUUGGGAAAUGCUUCAAGACCCAGACCAGAAGCUCCAGCGGAGGUUCGCUCUGUUGAGGUUAUUAAAGCAGUGGGACAGAGCAGCCUUCUGGUUGGCUGGGAGAGGCCUCCUCUUGACGAGCUCGGCUGCAGCAAUGACACUUUUGUGUAUGGCUACAGGGUGUUUGUCAACAAGGAAUUCCAUAAAUCUGUCCUGAGCUCAGCGUGUACCAAGUGUAUUCUGGAGAACAUCAACUUGAAUGAACCUGUCCACAUUGGUGUUCAGACUCUGGCCUCUAAUGGACUCCACUCUGACAUCGUCUACACCCUUUAUUUCAGCUCCAACAGAGAAUAGUAACCCUCAUUCUAACCUCUCAAUGGGACAGAACAGCAGUUCACAGCCAUCUACAGCUGCAGCCCUCUGCGGGAGCGUCCAGCCCUCGACGUUAGUAAAGCUAACUCUGCUGGAACAACGGCACUGCUGGGACAAUCCAGCCAACCAAUCAGAGGAAAGACAUCCAGUACUGUUUUUACCUGCCAGUAAGCAUUUGGCAACCUGAAGCCGAAGGCUAAACCUCAAAGCAGUUACAUGAAGAUGUCAAUGGAAGUUCUGUGAGCUUUUUGCCACUGCAAUCAAAGGUAAUUUCCUGUAAAAAAAUAAAAAUAAAACCUGUGCCUUUCAUGUUGGAGUAAGACCUGCAGAACCUUUUAGAAAAGGUGUAGUGACAACAUGAAAGUCAGCAGUGGCUGCCAACAAAACGUGUUCUAAAAACCAACCAAGUGUUGUUAAGGUAAAAAUGCAUUUUUGACUUUGUUCAUGGAUAUGUUGGAGUGAUGUCUGCAUCCUUUAUGCUGUGUGGACGUUAUGCUUCAUUCAAGAGCUCUGCUGAUGCCUCUGGACUCUGAAGCUGAACAUUCAGCUAAAGGGACAUUUAAAAACCUGUGGACUGAAAACACUUCAGAUGUGAUGAUCAUACUACUUGAUUUUUAUACAUGAAGCCAAAUAUAUUUCAAUGACUAUUCACUCCAAAGACUUGUUUACUCUUUGGAGUGAGCAAGACCACCGGAUAUAUAAAAAUAUAAACAUUUGCACACAGGGAAUUACUUGGAUCUUUAAAAAGAAAGUUUAAAAAAUUAGAAAAUCACUGAUAUUUUUUGUAGAGAAUAUUAUCAAAACAUAUGCCAGUAUACUGUACCUCACACUGUAUGUCUUUAUAUAUGGAUGGCACUUCAAACUUAAUGUUUGCACUCAGAGUUUUGUUCCUUUUAUAAAUAAAUGUUCACAACACAGUAUAUUGUUUUGCUACAGGCUAUAAGUGUGAGUGUGUGUGAAGUGAACUUGGUGCGGCAAAGGUAUUUUUCUAUUAGUUACUGAUGUUCAGUUCCCACAGAUUCAUUCUUACUGUACCAAGAAUAAACAUUUAUAAGAUAGUAACUAUGCUGGUGUUUGUGUUCCUGUUUAUGUACCACAAUAGCUACUAUUCACAAAUAAAAACAUAAUUAUAGAAGUAAAAUAUUUCUCAGUUUUCCAAACAGUAGGG